CCCCGCCCCGUGUUGACGUCAUAAUGUGGCGAGCAGGACGGGAAGGCGGUGCUGGUGCGCAGGCGCGGCCCGCCAGUCCCGGUAACGGCCCCGUCUCCAUGGAGUGUCACCCCGCCGUCCCGCAGCGCACACUCCCGUCUCAUCCGCGGCCGGACAACAGGCAAGCCACCCACUGACUGCAACAUCAACUUGAUCCGCACUGUUUGUCAAGAAGGAUGCAUUCUCUGGUGUUCUUUUGCGCGCAGAAAGUGAUCUCUGACUAUGCCUCGACUCGCAAAGCCUUGGACUAUAUCCCCCGUGAAAUCUACCCGGUGCUGUUUAAAGCUGCCUUUUUGGACAUCCGGACGCUGGUGCUGCGUGAUGUGGUGCAGAGGUGGCCCUUUGGUGUUCUCAACUUCUCAACCAUCCUGAAGAAGUGCAAACACUGUGACCGGGACGUGAUCCGAGAGAAGCCCAACAAGCAGUGCUUGCAGGCAGUGAUAAUGGGAGUGAAGGAUUACCUAUUGAACGAGUUACGACAGAGCCGCUCUGCUUCCAACAGAAAAACAAAAGCAUCAACAUCACAGGACAGUAUCAAGCUUAGGAAACACCGAUUUCUCCGUGUCGUGGAUCUCACAGGACUUCAAGAUGAUGGAGACAGGCAAGAUGCAGAUACCAUUGGCCAGUGGUCCCGAACUGUGGCUUUGGCCAAAGCUUGCAUUGAUAUAUCCCGGACCAGCAGGAGGGAUGAAUACAGCUCAUCUAAAAGGAGGAAGGGCAGAAGUGGUACUGCGUUGGAUGCAAACUGUGAAAACCAGCUGUGCGUAGAGUUACAUGCCAAUCUUUUCAUCACCAGUAACUCUUACACAACAGUAAAGGAUGCACUGCAAAUCGGCAAGUCCUCUCCCUUGUGUUUGAAAUGUCGGGACCUUCGAGCAGAGGAGUUAUCUGCAAAGAAGACCGUCAGUAUCCUGGAGCUCCUGGACCCAGUGGUUCUCCGGAAGAUUGAGUUGCGUUACAAUAACCUGGGCCUCACUGGGCUCAACACGCUGUUCCCUUACUUCCCCUUGUUUGGCAAUCUGAGCAGCCUGAGACUUCCCUACAGUAAUAUCGAUGUGAGGCACAUGACUCCUGAGAUGGAAGAGUCCUUCCAGAGCAUGGUUUCAAUGUUAGGCCAGCUGCCUAAUGUGAAGGAGUUGAACCUGGCGUCGUCCAGACUAUCUGGACGCAUCCGCGAGCUGCUGAAUGUUUUGCAGAAAUCCUUGGAAAGCCUGGAACUCGCUUACUGUUACCUUCUCCCAGCGGAUGCUACCUACCUGGCUAACAGCUAUCACGCCCCUUACCUGAAGAAGCUGGAUCUGAGCGGCAACAACCUCUCCGACGUCCUGCUGGGCCCUUUCUGCCAGAUCCUGCAGCACUCCUCUACCUCGCUGGUCUACCUGGACAUCAUGGAGUGCAGGGUGAUGGACAGACAGCUAACCACCUUCCUGCCUGCCCUCGGCCUAUGUUCUCAGCUGCAGUAUUUCAGCUGCUUCUGUAACCCGAUUUCCAGCCAAGGCCUCAAGGCCUUGCUUCACACUGCAGUGCAGCUUCCGGUCCUGAAAGUUGUCGUGCACCCUAUCCCAGUCGACUGCUAUGAAGAAGGGCUCCCCUGGCCCCCAUCUACAUAUGACCUUAUUGACUAUAGUAUCGAUCAGGAGAAGCUCAGUCGGGUUGAUGCAGAACUGAACGAGAUACGGUUGAAGGCAGUGAGAACAGAUAUUCUUACAACAGUCGAAUUAUACAACGACUUCUCACUCGACACAUUGCAGUUGUACUGAAGCAAACACCCGUCAUUUCUUUUACAAAACAACAGGAACAGCUUGUAUUAAAUGCGUUUGAGACAGA